AUGGAGCAGUGCAUUGCACUUGCUGACUACAACGCUUGCGAGGCAGAUGAGAUCAGCUUCCGCCGUGGCGAUGUGAUUACCGUGACGGCGAAGGGCAGCACUUCCGGCUUCUGGGAAGGAUAUGUGGCCGCAACACCCGUACGCGGUCUCUUCCCUAAUUGUCUUGUAUCGUCGAACAUGCGGCCGCAGCAGACGCCAACGUUCUGCGACCGGGCGCUCUGUCUGUACGACUACACGGCGGCGGAUGCGGCGGAGAUGAGUUUUGCGCGAGGCGACGUGCUGCGGGUGGUGCGGCGGAGUGCAGCGCUGGGUUGGUGGUAUGGUGUCAACACAAGCCGUGCGGCGGAGGAGGAGCCGCGUUUGCUGCCGAGCAACUUCGUCACGUGCAAUAUCGUUCUUGCCGCCUUUGAGUUUGAGGCGCGGCAGAAACACGAGUUGGGGCUGAGUGUGGGCGACGUCAUUCAAGUCCACCGGAAGUGGAACGAUGGGUGGUGGGAGGGAACCCUGCGGGGGCGACGCGGGAUAUUCCCAAGUAACUACACACUGCCAAACGUGGCAACCACAAGCCCACCAUUCUUCUGCAAUCACUGCAAGACGGUCUUUGCGGAUAAUCCUUUAUGCUGUGAAACUUGUCAAAAAGAGGAGGAAAUAGCGCGUUCAAUGAUCGCUGCUCUGGAUGAGUAUGCCACAGGGAAAAAAACACAGUUGGAUCUUUUUGCCUACGUAGAUAUUGAAUCCACUGACAAGGAUGAAAAAGGAUCAAAUACUGCUGAUGAGGGGUUAGUGCGUCGCAUCGCAGGUGCCAUAGGGUAA